GUUGCUCACUAGCAACCGCACACUACAUCUUGGUAUUGUAAACUACUUUCACAAUGGCCGGAGAAAAAUCUGGCUGUUUUACCUGGUGUGUAAGGCUGAAAGAAGCCUGUAAUGAAAGGUGGGCGCGGUUUAUCAACAGACUCCGCCGCCGAUUCUACGCAAGAAGAGGCCAAAGAGUCGACCCAGCCAGUGUCUUAAAUGAGACUGGAACAAAAGAUAUGGUGCUAUCUAAAACACCACGCAGAUCCAACAUAGUGAUUCCUGACAUACUUGCUGGAAACAGUGUCACAGAUGAACCACUGAGUGUUGGAAAUGUGACUGACAAAGACUUUGACAGACAAGUUGGGGACUACGUAGCAAGGAUAAUACAGACAGCAGCCGACACAUUGAGGUCUGAGGAUCAGUUGCUUAGCAACACAAGAAUAAUCACUGUGAACGCAGACGACAACGUUUCCCUGACUUCAAGCGUUAUCAGCCAGAUCGCAGACAUUGCUGUGACUGACAGUUUGAGUAACAUCGUCAUGGAAGACGCCAACCAAUCGGCAAUCAAAUUAAACAAAUCGAGGACAGGUGUAGAAUUCAUGCAGAAACAUGGAACCGUUGCAGACGACAAGGAUGAUGCACCCUGGGUACCAUCUAGCAAGGCUUAAAGCAAAUGACACUGAAGAGAUGCAGCCUAUUUUACUUCUACGUUUUUUCUUUUUUUUUUCUUUUUUUUUCCUUCUUUCUUUGUUGUUCAAAAUGUUGUUUUAUGGAGAAGUUCUGAAUUUUGAAUAAAAUUCAUCGAUACUUCAAUGAAGUAUUUAUUUUUAUUAUAUAGUUUGAUAUCCAAGACCUCCCACUGUCAGCAAAAUAAAACCUGAGUUGCCCAUAAAAAUUAGCUCGCCUUUCUUUUCAUCUAAAGAAAACUA